CAGCGGAUCACUGAUCCCGGAAAAAGGCGAAGAUGUCGGCUCGGUCAUGUGAUCAGCUGUGUCCAAUCACAGCUGAUCACUGAUCAUCAAGGCACUGAUGAUCAGUGUGCCCUGAUGAUCAGUGCAGCCCCAGCAGUGCCACCUUUCAAAGUCCAUCAGUGCCAGCUGUCAGUGUCUAUGAGUGCCACGUGCCAGUGCCUAUCAGUGCCACAUCAAUGCCACAUAUCAGUGCAUACCAGUGCACAUCAAUGCCACAUAUCAGUGCCCAUCUGAGCUGCCUUUCAGUGUCAUCCAUCAGUGCCAGUCAGUGCCACCUAUCAAUGCCAAUCAGUGCCACCUAUCAGGGCUGCCAAUCA